GGCAGAGGAAAGGGAGGUUCUGCCGCGUCCCCUCGCCUGCUCGCUCCGCCCGGGCCGGCGGCGGGGAGCGGGCGGGAGCGGGGGCGGCUCUCGGUGCCCGCCGCCGCCGCAUCCCCGCCGCAGCGGAAGCCGCGCCCCCGCCGCCGGGGCCGGCCGGGCGCAUCCCCCCGCCCGGCGCUCCCCGCCCCGUCCCGCCGCCGCCAUGAACCCGCUCUUCGGCCCCAACCUCUUCCUCCUGCCGCAGGAGCAGCAGGGGCUGGCGGGCCCCGAGCUGCCGCCGCCGCCGCCGCCCGCCGCCGAGCCCCUGGGCGGGGAGCCGCCCGCCGGCCCCUUCCCCGCGCCGCCCGCCGCCAUGGCCCUCCGCAACGACCUGGGCUCCAACAUCAGCGUCCUCAAGACGCUGAACCUGCGGUUCCGCUGCUUCCUGGCCAAGGUCCACGAGCUGGAGCGGCGCAACCGGCAGCUGGAGAAGCAGCUGCAGCAGGCGCUGGAGGAGGGGGCGGGCGGCCGCGGCCGCGGACCCCCGCGCCGGGACCAGGCGGUGCAGACCGGCUUCGUGGGUCCCAUCCGCACCCUGGGGCUGGGGCUGGCGCCGGGGCUGGGGCUGGGCUCGGCCCGGGCGCUGGGGUCCCCCGGCUCCCGCCCCGGGGGUCCCGGCCAGCCCGUCGCCUACUCCGCCGGCUCCCGCUUCAUGCCCGGCACCAUCUGGUCCUUCUCGCAAGCGCGGCGGCUCGGCCCGGGGCCCGAGACCACCCUGGUGCAGGGACCCGGCGUCUCCUGGGUCCACCCCGACGGCGUGGGCGUGCAGAUCGACACCAUCACCCCCGAGAUCCGAGCCCUCUACAACGUGCUGGCCAAGGUGAAGAGGGAGCGCGACGAGUACAAGCGCAGAUGGGAAGAGGAGUACACGGUGCGUGUGCAGCUUCAGGACCGGGUGGCUGAGCUGCAGGAGGAAGCCCAGGAGGCUGAAGCUUGCCAGGAGGAGCUGGCCAUGAAGGUGGAGCAGCUCAAGGCAGAGCUUGUUGUCUUCAAGGGACUGAUGAGCAAUAACAUCACGGAGCUGGACACCAAGAUCCAGGAGAAGGCCAUGAAGGUGGACAUGGACAUCUGCCGUCGCAUCGACAUCACUGCCAAGCUGUGUGACGUGGCACAGCAGCGGAACUGCGAGGACAUGAUCAAGAUGUUUCAGUCUCUGCACUUGUCUCCCGUUAAGGUCCCAGCCUCGGUGGGGCGGAAGCGGGAGCGCAGGCAGGUCAGCGACGAGGACACCUCGCUGUCGGAGAGCGAUGCCUCCCGGAAGCCCGACGAGGAGGAGGAGGACGAGACCACGGCCAUGAGUAUCAAUGAGGAAAUGCAGAGGAUGCUGAACCAGCUGAGGGAAUAUGACUUUGAGGACGACUGUGACAGCCUCACGUGGGAGGAGACAGAAGAAACGCUGCUCCUCUGGGAGGACUUCUCUGGAUACGCCAUUGCAGCCGCAGAGGUGCAGGGGGAGCAGGAUGACAGCCUGGAGAAGGUGAUCAAGGACACAGAGUCACUGUUCAAGAGCCGUGAGAAGGAGUACCAGGAAACCAUCGACCAAAUAGAGCUGGAACUGGCCACAGCCAAAAAUGACAUGAACCGGCACCUGCAUGAGUACAUGGAGAUGUGCAGCAUGAAGCGAGGCUUGGAUGUGCAGAUGGAGACUUGCCGGCGGCUCAUCACCCAGUCUGGGGACAGAAAGUCUCCUGCCUUCACCCCGACCUCCAACAGCGAGUCAGCCCCGAAUGAGGAGAGCGAGGAGUCCGACCGUGAUCCCCCCAGCGAUGCUUCCAUCAGAUAAUGAGGGGAGGCCCGGCUCCCUCGGACCCCCUUCCUGGCACGGGGUUGCCUAAGUCACACCUGGGAGAGACUGUCAGGGACGUGGAACUGCUGGUAAACGUCUGUCGCCCAGGCUCACUCCUGUUUUGGGGUGCUUGGCAGACCCCACACACCCCCUCACCGGAUACCCUGCUCAUGGGAAUAGCUAGAUAGACCUGAGGGUCCUUGCCCGGGCUGCUCCGCCUUCAGCCCCUUCUCCAUUCCCUUUCCCUGCUUUGGGUAAGCUGUGGUUCGGGCAGGGAGGUUCCAAACCUGCCACAGUGGCGUUCUGCAGGACGUGUUCCCAGGCGCCCCAGACCCACCUCCUCCAGCCUCCGUCCUGGUACACCUGCCCUGCCCUCCCUGCCCUCCCUGCGCUUCACGGAGCCAACGCGAGCCGUACCUCCCUGCAAACUGGACCUGACACUGGUGCCAACUGGACCGAGCCCGGGGCUCUCCCUGCCCUUGCUGCUGGCCGGGCACCCGGCUGGCACUGCCCACGCCGAGCCGGGCACCCCGAGCCUCCCAGGCCUUCUCGGGGGCGGGGAACGAGUCCCGCUCACUGUGCACUUUGCUUUGCUCACGUCUGUGUUACGCGGGCGAGGUCAUUAAAUGGGACGAUUUCCUUUUCUACAGCUUCGCCGGGUGUGGCCUCUCCUGUGCUGCCGCGGGGCUUGAGAGGGGGCUGUGGUCUCUCAGACCCCAAGCCCCCAUCAGUGGGUCUCCCCGUGGUGGAUGGGACAGUGGUGAGAUCCCUGUUCUAAAAUCCACUGGCCCUCAACAGGCCCUGGUGCUGCAUGGGCUGCCUUGUUUUUAACCUGGAGCAUCAUCAAUGCAGAGGCUGAAGGAUUGAAAAUGGAACUGAUCCUGGCUUGUGAACAUCCUCCUGUUUCCUGGCCUCUUCUGCCACACCAGGGCCUCCCAGAGCACCUUCCUGCCUGCCCUCAGUCCCAUAUCCCACCUCAGUGUAACCGCAGUGGGGAUCCCCUGUCACACCAUCUCCUGUGGCAUCUUCCUGGCUGGCUCCUCCAGUGAUGGUGACGGGAGGCUGGGGCCUGGCAGGGUGUAAGGAGGGAGAGAGCAGCCUUCAGAGAGGCAGUGUGAUGCAGUGUGAUCACUGAGAAGUGGACACAGCCUGCACAGCCAAGGCAGGUGAAGCUCUGAAGAAAAAAUGCUUCCCACUAAAGGUACUGAAGGGAGGAGAAAGCACAUGGCAGUAGAGUUUUUGGAUCAUCUCUAGGAUUAUGUAUGGAAGAUAAAAUGGGGGCUGAGGGAUGCAGGAGUUUCUCUCUGUAGAAGUGGCUGAGUGGCUGAUGCUGCUGGGUGCUUGAGCUGGGAGUGCUGUGGCAUCCAUCCAUGCACCACAGCACAGUGUCGGUGUUGGGCAGGGUGAGCUGCCCUGCCUGUGCCUGCCCCGUGUGUUAAGGCAUGUGUUGGCAUUCCAGCAGGGGCUGAGCUGCCUAGAGCAGGCAGGGAGGCGAGUCCCUGCAAAUGGCAGAAGAAUUGAGCAGGAAACGGGAAAUCAGGGCGCAGGUGGAGCCCUGCUGGUGGUGGGGAAUGGCA